AUGGCGUUUGCGGUCUCCGACGAGCUGCUGGGCACAUUCGUGCCGAUUGCGGUGUACUGGCUCUAUUCGGGGCUGUACAUCGUGAUGGACAGGAUGGAGAUCGACGACUACCGGCUCCACCCCAAAGGGGAGGAGGAGGUGAAGAACGUCGUCUCCAAGUGGACGGUCGUCAAGGGCGUCCUCGUGCAGCAGGGGUUUCAGAUUGCCGUCUCACUUCUCCUGUUCACGAUAAUUGGUGAUGACAGUGGUACUGUGAGAAAGCAGCCUCCCGCCCUGGUGAUAGCACUGCAAUUUAUCAUCGCAAUGUUUGUUAUGGACACAUGGCAGUACUUCAUGCACAGAUACAUGCACAUCAACAAGUUCUUGUACAAGCAUAUCCACUCGAAGCAUCACACUCUUGUGGUUCCAUACGCGUUUGGCGCUCUUUACAACCAUCCCCUCGAGGGCCUCAUUUUGGACACGAUUGGUGGCGCCCUCUCGUUCCUCGUCGCCGGAAUGACUCCUAGGACGUCCAUAUUCUUCUUCUCAUUCGCAACCAUCAAGACCGUCGAUGAUCACUGCGGCCUGUGGCUUCCUGGGAAUAUCCUCCACGUGCUGUUCAGCAACAACAGCGCUUACCAUGACAUCCACCACCAGCUCUACGGCAACAAGUACAACUUCUCGCAGCCGUUCUUCGUCAUGUGGGACAAGAUCCUCGGGACCUACAUGCCAUACACUCUGGAGGAACGCAAGGGAGGAGGUUUGGAGGCGCGCCCUGUUAAUCUCGGCCUCGCAGUGCAGAGCAAGUCUGACUAA